AUGGCAUGCUCAAAAGUAUUUUCAGGGGAUUUACCCGAAUUAACAGAUGAAAUUAUGCAAUAUUUAAGAAAAGAUUUAUCAACAUUAUAUUCAUGUAUUUUUGUUAAUAGAUUAUGGUGUCGUCUAGCCAUUCCAUUAUUAUGGGAAGAUCCUUUUUUAAUUCCUAACCAACAUUAUCGUUGUAUUGGAGCUUAUUUAAGCUUUUUAAAUGAAGAUAGCAAAGCAAAAUUUAAUGAAUAUGGAAUUGAUGAUAAAUUAUUACUUUCAAAUACAUUAUUCAAUUAUCCCAGUUUUAUUAAAUACUUUGAUACAUAUAGAGUUUGUCGUUCUGCUAGUAAAUGGGUCGUUACUUUAAUUGAUGAAUGCAAUGAGAAAUUAGAAAUCUUAGUUUAUAGGUAUUUAAUUGAAGUGAUAAUUGAAAAUGAAGGAAAUUUAAAUUCUUUUGAAGUUGUACUACCUACGGAUACGGAUCAUAAAUAUUUUAAUGAUAAUAUGGACUUAAUUUUACAAAAUCCAAAUUUUACAUGCAACAUCAGUAAUUUAAGAUUAUAUAUUAGUGAUGAAUCUUCAUUUAGAAAUGAUAUUAUUAAAUUUUUUAAAUUUUUAUAUUCUAAUUGCAAUUCAAUCUCAUCAAUUUUUUUUAAAUUUUUUAUACAUGAUCGUUCAUUAAUUGAAAAAGAUUUAUCAGAAAUAAUUAUUUCACAACAUAAUCUUAAAAAAAUCACAUAUGAUUUUACUUUUUAUAAUCUAUUAUCAUUAAAAGAUUCUAAUUGUUCAAAUACUUUAAAUACAAUUAUAUUUUAUAACGUUGAUUUUAAGUAUAUAGUUAAUGAUUUACAAGAGGUUUUUGAUCAAUUGAAUGUUUUAGAAUCUAUUCAUAUUAUUUAUUGUCUAUCUUUAAAUUCUGAUUUUGUUAAACAAAUUAUUAAGGUUAAUAAACCUUUUAAAUUGAGAUCUUUGUUUUUAGAAGAAAUACUACACAUUGAAUCAUUGCAAUUACUAAUAGAGAUGUUUAGUAAUUAUUUAGAAAAUAUUGGAUUUGGACUUAUAAGUCACGGAUAUAAUGAACAGCAGAAACGACAGUUAUUUAAAUUAAUUAUGAAAUAUUGUACAAAGAUUAGAUAUUUUAAUUCGGGUAUACCUGAUGAUAAUAUUUAUCAAUUCAUUGAAAAUAAUCAACAUUUUAUUAAUUAUAUUACUAUUGAAAUUAAAAAAGAUUAUGAUACUUUAAGUUCAAAUGUAUUACAAAAUUUAGGACAAGUUCUUCCUUCUAAAUUAGAAUAUUUACGUUUAAAAUUUUUAUUUAAAACAAGUGAUCUGGAAAUAUUUCUAAAAAAUUCACAAAAUACUUUUAUUAAGAAAUUAAUAAUUGGAAAUAUAAUGUCAAUUAAAGGUGAAAAUAUUUUAUUUUAUAUAAAGGAAUAUAUUAUGAAGAAGGAAAGGGUUAAAUAUUUGGCUAUUGUUUUUGAUGAUGAAUUGAAUAAUGAAAUAUUUCAUUUAAAAGACGAAGUAAAUGAAUUUAAAUUACAUAAUAUUAUAGUUAAAAGAUUCUCUGAUUUAUAUAUUGAUGCAUAUAAUUUUGUAAAUGAUUUAAAUAAAUAA